AUGGCACAGCUUCAGAUUCCAAGAAACGAGACAGCAGUUCAUAAGAAGAGGCGCGUAUUCAGGACAGCAAAUAGCUAUUUCAUGCACGUAAAGUGUAGAAACUGCGAGGAGACGACUGUCUGCUACUCGCACAGCCAGACUGAUGUGAGAUGCUGCAUGUGUGCGUCAGUCCUAGCCACGGCCACUGGUGGGAAAGCAGCCCUUGUUGAGGGAGCUGCCUUCAAGAAGGUGGAGAACACUUAUUAG